AUGACCGAGAUGAACGGGAUCAAUCCGAGUAGCAUCGAAUGCCAGUCUGUGAUCAUGCGCCUUUGCGGUCAAUUCCUCGACACGACGGCUUCCGCGUCAGUCACUAGCUCCGUUCCUCUGGUAGCCACCGAAGAGAGCCCUCAGACUCAGAUCAACAAUGUUUACUCCAUGAUGUGGCCGAACACUAGUCCUGCAAGCACAGAUCUGCUCAUGAGCGAUCCACAAUGGGCACUUGUCAUGAAUCAGGGACACUUUGAUCCCGAAUCAGUACCACAGACUUGGGACUGGACUUAA